UCUACGGCUUCCGGCUACUCGGCUGGACCUGAACCUGUUUGGAACUAUUGAGGUUGGAGUCCCCCGACCAGCUGGACGCCGAGCCCCCCCACCCCCCGAGGUGAGGCGACCGGGCCUGCAGGGACAGCCCGAUGAGAAAAAGUGAGGCCCCAAGGAGCCCACAGUCCUACAGCGAGGAGAAGCAGAAUCGGGAAUCAAACCCAGACCUCUGCAUAUUUUCUUCUUACAAUUUGGGAGAAGACCCACUGGCUGGAUGGCAGCUGUAGAUGACUUGCAGUUUGAAGAAUUUGGUAAUGUGACCACUACUCCAGCAGAAAACCCAGAUGCCACUACGAUAAAUAUUGAGGGUCCUGAUGAAAGCCCGAUGCACCAGCCAGGACCCCCAAGAGGCUCAGGGGGAGAAGAGGACGAUGAGUUGCUGGGAAACGAGGACUCCGACAAAACAGAGUUACUUGCCGGCCAGAAGAAAAGCUCCCCCUUCUGGACAUUUGAAUACUAUCAAACGUUCUUUGACGUAGACACUUACCAGGUCUUUGACAGAAUAAAGGGGUCCCUUUUGCCAAUACCAGGAAAAAACUUUGUGAGGUUAUAUAUCCGCAGCAAUCCAGAUCUUUAUGGCCCCUUUUGGAUAUGCGCGACAUUGGUCUUUGCCAUAGCAAUUAGUGGGAAUCUUUCCAACUUCUUAAUCCAUCUGGGAGAGAGGACCUACCAUUAUGUGCCCGAAUUCCGAAAAGUGUCCAUAGCGGCCACAAUCAUCUAUGCCUAUGCUUGGCUGGUUCCUCUCGCACUCUGGGGUUUCCUCGUGUGGAGAAACAGCAAGGUCAUGAACAUCGUUUCCUAUUCGUUUUUGGAGAUUGUGUGCGUCUACGGAUACUCACUCUUCGUUUAUAUCCCCACAGCAGUGCUGUGGAUUAUCCCCCAGAAAGCGGUUCGUUGGAUUCUAGUCAUGAUUGCCCUGGGCAUCUCAGGCUCGGUCUUGGCGAUGACAUUUUGGCCAGCUGUCCGGGAGGAUAACCGGCGCGUUGCACUGGCCACGAUCGUGGCAAUUGUGUUGCUUCACACGCUGCUUUCCGUGGGCUGCUUGGCAUACUUUUUUGAUGCACCGGAGAUGGACCACCUCCCCACAGUGACAGCUGCUCCAAACCAAACAUUUGUAGCAGCCAAGGCCAGCUAAAAAGGAAAUUCUCUUUUAUGUGCUUUGGAGUGUGUCUCUCUUGGACGUGGCAUCUCCUGCAGGAAAGCAGCGGGAGAGCUGAUGGGAUGGCGCCACCCUCUGGCAUCUGUAAGGUGUCACACUGAAGCCCAGUCACCUAAUUCAACAGUUAAUUAAAUGUUGUUCAGUACCUGUGUCUUUCAGCUCUUCUUUCUCAACUGUCGAUCAUCCUCGGGACUAUACACUGAUUUGGAACGAAAUCCGAGGGAACGUGGUAUGUGUGCCUGUCAUUUGCCUCUCACUGUCACGUGACGUGCUCCGCGUGAGGUCUGCUCUUAAUACGUGACAUGGAUCUGUCCCAAACUCCUGAUGUCUUUGUUCUGAAUGGUGUACAGAUGUUCCUCUAAGGUGAUCUUCUCCUCUCCAAAUGCUUGCCGUCCUAAAGUGGCCAAACUGUAUAAACUUUGGUUCAGGUUCACUGGGAGCCUGAACAUUUGUCUUUGAUGACCUGACACUGGGCUACUGGUAAUUGUUGCAAAUAAAUACCUCAUAGAAUGUCUGUCUGCA